UUGCUUCCUUGCUCCAAAGUAAUGAACAUUUUCCAAAUAAGAUAUGACCUAAAGGUCUAUGUUACCAGGUCAUAAAAUUAAAAAAAACCUGCUUCCUUUCCUGUCAAUGUCAAACAAAAGUGAUUAUUUUCGAUACUUGCCUACUUCUGCGUGAUAUUUUAAAUUUUUUGCUUUAAUUACCUUAAGUAUAUAUUAAAUUGUAACUAAACUAUCAUGUCUUCAUAUCAAAUAUAUUCAUUAUUACGUAAGUGGAAGAAAAAAUGAAAAGUAAAUCAUGUUAGGUGAUAUUCAACUGACAAAGCGUUUAAUAGUUAUUGCAUUGGUUCUUAGCGUUAUUUUAAUUUUGAAAGAGUACGUAUUCGACUUUUCAAUAUGAGUCAGUCUCGGGUGGCAUAUUUUUACAAUGCGGACGUAGGAAAUUUCCACUAUGGUCCUGGUCAUCCAAUGAAGCCACAUAGGCUAGCAGUGACACAUAGUCUUGUGUUACAUUAUGGUCUUCAUAAGAAAAUGCAGAUAUACAAACCUUACCAGGCCAACGCACAUGAUAUGUGCCGGUUUCACAGUGAAGAUUACAUAGAAUUCUUGCAAAAUGUCACACCACAGAAUAUUCAAACAUAUUCUAAAGACUUACUUCACUACAAUGUAGGUGAUGAUUGUCCAGUAUUUGAAGGUCUGUUUGAUUUCUGCUCAAUGUACACCGGUGCAUCUUUAGAAGGUGCCAUGAAGUUAAACAAUAAUGUAUGCGAUAUUGCAAUUAAUUGGUCUGGUGGAUUACAUCAUGCAAAGAAAUUUGAACCUUCCGGUUUCUGCUAUGUAAAUGAUAUUGUUAUAGCAAUAUUAGAAUUACUAAAGCACCAUCCUCGUGUAUUAUACAUUGAUAUUGAUGUCCAUCAUGGAGACGGAGUGCAAGAAGCAUUCUAUUUAACUGAUAGGGUGAUGACAGUUAGCUUCCAUAAGUAUGGAAACUAUUUCUUCCCGGGUACAGGAGAUAUGUAUGAAAUUGGAGCGGAAAGUGGAAGAUAUUUCUCCGUAAAUGUACCAUUGAAGGAAGGUAUAGAUGAUCAGAGUUAUGUACAAGUAUUCAAACCUGUGAUAUCAAAUGUGAUGGAGUUUUACCGUCCUACUGCUAUAGUAUUACAAUGUGGGGCUGAUUCCCUAGCAGGAGAUCGUCUCGGUUGCUUCUCGUUGUCCACAAGAGGUCACGGUGAAUGUGUCAAGUUUGUGAAAAAUUUAAAUGUACCUACAUUAGUUGUAGGUGGAGGAGGCUAUACAUUGAGAAAUGUUGCCAGAUGUUGGACGUAUGAAACCUCAUUGUUGGUUGAUGAGAAUAUAUCAAAUGAACUACCAUAUACAGAGUAUUUGGAGUUCUUUGCGCCAGAUUUUCAGUUGCAUCCUGAAAUCACCAGGCCUGAUAACACAACAAAUGCGAACAGCAAGCAAUAUUUGGAGGCCAUCACUAAGUAUGUGUAUGACAACCUAAAAAUGUGUCAACAUUCCCCUGCUGUUCAGAUGUCACAUAUACCAGGUGAUUUCUUCCCAGAAGAUUAUAAAAUCAAAGAAGAACCGGAUCCAGAUGUUAAGAUGACUCAAGAUGAAAUAGAUAAAUUUGUAGAGCCCAAGAAUGAGUUUUACGAAGAUGAUAAGGAUAACGAGAAGGAGACAGUUGUAGAGAAGAAGGAACCAUAGCAUACGGCCGAUUUGACUGAUCCUUUAGUCAUUUGACACAUAAAGGGAUACAAAAGAUACAGACAUUUGUUUAUGUAACCUCUUUAGUGUGGUGAUAGUUUAGUGAUUAGUGCAAUCGUUCAAAGUGAAGUGUAGUGACAACAUUAUCUGACCUGGCGAUACACUGUCAAUGUGGUUAGUAUUCAGAAAAUAUAUAAUACCUGCUAAGCAUCGGUUUCUGAGACUAAAAUCUCUGUACAAAAUAUAUCGUCAUCGCUUACAUGAUCUUUGACAAAACAGAAAUAACAAUAUGUUUUAAAUGGAGAUUUUGGUCUCAAAAAUUCACAGUUAUGCAUACCCGUGAGUAUGACAAGUUGUAGUACUUUUUUAUUCUAUUAGGAGAUGCUAGCAUCUAUAGUAAUUUAUAGUCAAACAAGGAUAUGUAUUCCAGUGAUAUGCCCUGCUAUUGUCGUUAGUUCUGUCAGAAAAUAUGUAAAACCUACAGGGGAAUAGAAAAUGGCAUAAAAUAAAAAAUUAUAUGACAGCUGCAGUAUGAAAAGGACUACGUGAUACGUUUUUGACAUUGACAGGAGGGCGCUAGUGUGCUGUCUCAAUUUAGUUUGACUUACGCCUAUUGGGUUAGAUAUCCUUGUCAGUCUAUAUUUUAUUUUAGCUCACCAGGUCAAAUAAGUUUUUGACUAUACCAAGAGAAAGGAUAACUGGCAAUACAAAAAAAAAAUAAUUUACAAUUGAAAAGCAACAAGAAAGUAUUACGAAAAUGAUAUUUAAUUAUUAACUUUUGCAUGAAAUCGUCUGAAAUUUUAAUGAUUGUUGCUCUGGUUUCUACACUCAGCAAGUCAAUAAGCUAUCACCAUUUAGAUAUAAGUUUUUACAAUAGAAAUAGGUAAAUAGGCAUAAUUAUUGAAACUUUUAUUAUUUUAACAACAUUGUAUCAUUUAAAUAUGGCAACAUUAUUAUUGCGACAAUUUUAGACCUAUUAUUUUUAAUUUUAUAUCUAAUUUUUAUAGAUUAGGAAACAAUCCAAUGCAUUCAAUUUCAAUAAUAUUUUAUUUUUUAAUUUCAUGACUUAUUUUACU